AUGUUAUUUGGAAGCAAGGAGAUCUUGAAGACAGCUGUUAAGAAUUAUGCAGUGAUGGGAAAUUAUUCAAUAAAAUUUGUCAAAAAUGAUAAGAGGAGGAUCACUGCAAGAUGUACAAACUGCACUUGGAUGCUUCAUGCUUCAUAUAUGCAACUAGAGGAAAUGUUGCAGAUAAAGACCUUUAUUGAUAAACACAUUUGCGUCCGAAACCCUACUAACCCACAUGUCAAUUGUGUAUACAUAGCUCAAAAGUAUAUAGAUUGUAUCAUGGAUGAGUCUGAUAUUACGAAUAAAAAUCUUAAGAAGGCAGUGAAGAGGGACUUAGGGUAUAAUGUUUCAGAUAGCCAAUGUUCUAGAGCUAAGAGGAAAGCCAAAAAAAUAAUAGAAGGGACUUACAUGGAGCAGUACUCAAGGCUGUGGGAGUAUUGUGAUGAGGUGAAAGCAAUAAAUGUGGGAAGCGCAAUGAAGAUAAGGGUGGAGCCUCCUCCACACUUGCAGAGACUUUAUGUGUGCCUUAAUGCAUGCAAAAAAGACUUUCUAGCUGGUUGCAGACCCAUCAUUGGAGUGGAUGGAUGUCAUUUGAAGGGUCAUUUCUCAGGUCAAUUACUUGCUGCAGUGGGUGUUGAUGUCAAUGAUAACAUGUACCCUAUUGCAUAUGCUACUGUAGAGUUGGAAACUAAAGAGACAUGGAGCUGGUUUUUGGAGUUGCUAAUGGAUGAUCUUGGUCCUAUAAAAGACCAUGGAUGGAUAUUCAUAUCAGACCAACAAAAGGGGUUGGACAAAGCCUUUGAUAUUGUUGUGCCUCAAGCCCAACAUAGGUGGUGUAUUAGGCAUAUGUAUGGGAACUUCAAGGAAAAGUAUAAGGGCAAUGGUUUGAAAAAUCUUUUAUGGAGUGCAGCUAGGGCUCCCAAUAGCCAUAACUUUGAGGUUGAGAUGAAUAAGCUGAAAUAG